CGGGACUCCAUUCAUCUGCACGGACACGGAGAAAGAGAGGGCUGUGCAACAGUAUUCAAUUUAAAGCAGGUUUCUGUCUACAUGUUUCUUACAUGUGGAAGAUUAAUAACUGCAAGCACGUUAAACUGAAACUGUGCACGUGGACCGGAUAAAGAGACUUUUACACCCCAGAGCGCGCAAAGGACAGAGAGACAGAAACACACGGAGACAGCAGACAGAGAGAAGAUCUGAGCCGCACACAUGGUGUUUCUGUGGGACGCGAAAUACGACCCCGCCCCUGGCCGGCGGUACACGCCCCCCUCUACCUCGCUGGCCUCGGGGGGGAAGAUGGCCGAAGCGCUGCCUCUGGGUGCCGCGCAGGACAACGCCGGAGGUGGGGCUUCGCUGGUGGGGAAACUACGCCUGGCUGAGCGCGGCAUGGUGGAGGUGAUCUCGGACCAUCCAGGUGAGCUGGUGAAGACGGACAGUCCUAACUUCCUGUGCUCCGUGCUGCCGACACACUGGAGGUGCAACAAGACGCUGCCCAUCGCCUUCAAGGUGGUUGCCCUGGGCGACACACCUGAAGGCACCUUGGUAACGGUGAUGGCGGGAAAUGAUGAGAACUACUCAGCUGAGCUGCGCAAUGCCACGGCCGCCAUCAAGAACCAAGUGGCCAGAUUCAACGACCUGCGCUUUGUCGGCCGCAGCGGACGAGGAAAGAGUUUCACUCUGACCAUCACCGUGUUCACCAACCCUCCUCAGGUGGCCACAUACCAGAGAGCCAUCAAAAUUACUGUGGACGGUCCGAGAGAGCCACGACGUCACCGUCAGAAGAUGGACGAAGUCAAACCUGGCUCCCUGGCUUUCUCUGAGCGGUUAACAGAGCUUGAACAGCUGAGACGGGGCUCGAUGAGGGUGACGCCCCCUCACCACCAUCACCAUCAACACUCGGCCCACACUAGGCAAUCUGCAGCACUGAACUCAGCCCCCUUCUCCAGCCCGACACACGCUCAGAUAACUGCCGACUCCAGACAGAUGCAGUCUUCUCCGUCUUGGUCCUACGACCAGUCGUAUCCCUACCUUGGCCAGAUAACCACGCCCACUGUCCACACAGCCAAUCCCCUCUCGCCUGGUCGAUCCUCGCUCAGUGACCUGUCCUCACGACUCUCAGGUCCUGAGCUUACGGCGUUUGGCGACCCGAGGAUGACAUUAGAACGUCCUUUCCCCUCCCUGCCUGACUCGCGUUUCUCAGACCACCGGGUGCACUACCCUCCCACUGCGGCCGCCUUCACUUACACCCCACCUCACAACGCUGUCUCCAGCGGAGCCCUCGGCAUUACAAUGGCGACAGCCAUGGCGACCACCCCGGCAGGGAGGUACCACACUUACCUGCCUCCUCCGUACCCGGCAAACACACCUCACCAGGCGCAGAGCUUCCAGUCCACGUCCUCGCCAUACCACCUGUAUUACUCCACCGCCGCCGGCUCCUACCAGUUCUCCAUGAUGGCCGGGGGUGGCAGUGGCGACUCACGCUCCCCGCCAAGGAUCCUGCCACCCUGCACCAAUGCCUCCACAGGCUCCGCUCUCCUGCACCCCUCGCUGCCCAAUCAGAACGAAGUAGUCGGUGUGGAGGUGGAGUCCAGCCACAGCAGCUCACCGACCAACAUGGCCGCAGCUGAAGCUGUCUGGAGACCAUACUAAACCCCUAACCCUGGAGACCUUACUAAACACCUAAACUUGCAGACCGUACUGAACACCUAACCCUGCCAAUCGUACUGAACACCUAACCUUGGAGACCAUACUGACCACCUAACCCUGGAGACCGUACUGAACACCUAACCCUGCAGAACACAGAGAACACCUAACCUUGCCGAACGUAGUGAACACCUAAAUCUGCGGUCCAAACUGAACACCUAAAUCUGCAGUCCAAACUGAACACCUAAAUCUACAGUUCGUACUGAACACCUAACUCUGAAGAAACUGAGAAACUCUGUCUCAUCAGUUGUACAAACAGUCCUGUCAAACAUCUAUUUGUGGACAUGCUGUUUGUAAGCACAAAAACAGUGUGAUGCAUGCGUCGUUAUCCAUGGCUAACGUUGGCUAACCUAGCUAGCGCUACCUCCACUGUUAAAUAACAAUAAUUCCAACUUGUUAAACUGGAAUGCUGUGUUUGGGUAGACGUCAUUCUCAGCUCCGGCUUCCUUCUCCCGAAGUAAAUGUUACGAGUCCGUCUCUGUAUUCUUUCUGACUUAACUAUUCAGCUCUAAUCUCAUUGGUUCCCCCUAAAGACAGAAACCUUUAAAAAAACAGCUCACAAAUACUGUUGAUAUUGUUUUUACUAAUAAAAAAGGUUGAGGGAUUUCCCCAAAAAGCUGAUAGAAGAUAUAUCAGAUACAGUCAGUGCUGGUUUAUGUCUGCACGUGGAACUUAUAUAUGAAACAAAUAUUGAAUAUUUACAGAUUUAUCCCUCAAGAGAGAGUCUGGGUGUGUUUCAUACACAUUGGUUGUUGUUUGCAUGUGAGACAAUAGUGUUUUCCAUGUUUGACCUGAGAGAAACCCUUUGGCAGUCCAGUUGGUGUGGUCUCACGCUAACUCGGCUCAUAGUCACCUUUUCUCAGCUACAUAUCACUGUAAAGACCGCUAAAUUUAACUGUCAUGCUACUGGCCGGCGUUCGCUUAACUUUGUAGGCUAUCAUUCAAAUUUUUGUAUCAUGGGUAUGCGGUUACAUUGAGCAGGGAGGAAAUGUCGGGACACAUGCUACUAUCAGUUAGCAGCGAUGUCAAUCGGCACCUAUGGAUGCAGUUCCCCAGUUGUUCCUUGGGUAAAUUGCGUCUCAGGAAGUCUGCUGACUCUUGUUUUUUUAUAUAUGUGCACUGGUAUUUGGAAACACUUUACGCCAUCACUUGACCGGGAGCCGGACAAGUGAGUCCUCCUGACAAAAAGAAUUGAUUGGACCGCGGAGCUUCUACUGAAUGGAAGCACUCAAUACAGAAAAAAGAGGUUUUAUGGACAGAUAAACGGAGGUUUUACGCACAUAUAAAUAGAGGUUGUACACUGAUAAAGUGCAUGCAGCAGUACUGGACUGAUCUGUCUUUCUUUGUAAAAUAACAUGAAUGUUGUUGGUAUUAGUGUUGUGAACAGAUGAUUCUUCUUUCCAUGGUUUAUUUUAACAGUUUUAUAGAUAUUUUUACUAAACUCAGUCAAAACAAAGAGGCAUGAUGAUUUUACUCACUUUGGGCCCAAGUCUGACAAAAAUGGUGACAUGAUAAACCAACUAUCCAGUUGAUCAAUUCCUUAUUAAUUACAGAUGGUCUGAACAAGACUGUCCACAUAGACAAACCAUUACAGCCUGGAGUUUUAUAAAACACUUUAAUUUAUUCCUACAAUACCGUUUGUUGGUAGCAUUUUAAGUAUGUUUGUCGAUCUGUACUGUAUAUAAUCAUAAAUGAUACCUGCAUAUGAUCAUGUUUUCAUCCUUUUUCUCUCAUUGUUUCUCUCACACAACCAUUUUGUUUCAUGUUAUUGAUGUUCGACAUCUGGUUUUGAUUAAUACAAACCUUCUUGCAAAGAAAGUA